AUGUACGACACUUUGGUCUUAUAUUUGGCCGUUUUUCCAGAAAACGAAGUUGUCAGGAAAGAUGUGAGUUGAGAAAAUUCCGAAAAGAUCAAAAAUAAAUAAUCUCAGCCCUCUGUCGACCCUCGUUGGGAAUCUUGGCCUGUCCUGCCGCCUUCGGCAAUUUUGAGCCAAUGGGCCAUCGCCAACAUCAAAAGACUGUUGGAUUUGAUACAUCGAGUGGAUAUGAAGUGAGUUUUGGAAGGUGCGCAGCGAAUUUUGGUGGAUACGGAGCAAAAAAAGCAAAGAUAUUUCAGGAGCAAAUUAGUAUUCAAAAAAAGAUUUUAAAUAUUUAAUUAAAUAAAUAUUCAAAUAAAUAUUUUGUUAAUCAUGGGCUCAAAACUUUGACCGAAGAAAAAAAUUUUUUUUAAAUCAAAGACUUUUUAUUAAAUGACUGCGGUAUAUACGAAUCAUUGAUUGUAGUGUAAUCAAGUAACCAUAAAUCUAAGGUGGGGAACUGGAAGUUGAGAAAAAUUGUGAGAAAUACGAUUUUUGGUUCACUUCAAUGUGUUAUUUUUUUGAAUAGAAUAAGUUUUUUUUUGUACAAAUUAAGGUGUUCCAAAAGCCUAGUUUUCAAAAAGUCAGUUCUGACGUAAUUUUAACCUCAGGAAACUCGAAAUUUGCAAAAAUUCUGCUUGAAUUCGUUCUUUAGUUGAUAUAUUCGAAUUUUUUCUAUUUUUCAUCAAAAAGCUCGUUCAAAAGUACCAUUUGGAGCUUCAGAAAAUGUUGCAAGACCGUAAAAAACCUAGAAAACGGCUCUUCGUCUCGAGACCUUUAUGGAAGUUAUCCUAUGCUCCUUUAGCCAUUUUUUUCAAAAAUUCUCAAAGUUCUCUUCCUUUUAAAAGAUUUUCUCGACUCAAAAGGUUACUAUGAAAGUAUUUCCAGGUCCCCGAUCGACGUGAGCAGCGUUUGGACGAAGCUGAUGACCGUGGCUUCCUCCUUUGGAAGAAUGGGAAUCGAUUUCCGGCCUUUGAUCUUGUCGAGUAUCACCAAAAUGGUCGAGGAUCGCUUCCGGCACACGAUUCGUGACGCGACUACCAAGUUGGAAUUUUUUAUGCUUCUGAAAUUCCGGGUUUUCCCCACAAAAAUUAGCUGAAAUCCGCGUUUUUUGAUCAUUUUUUGGGUCCAAGAGUCAAUGAUUUAUGAUUAAAAGAAAAUUGAGGUUUUUCUGAAUUUUAGAUUGAAGCUCCUAGGUGAAGUCUGACUAUAUAAAAAUAUUUUUUUAAAAGAUUUUUUUAAAUUCAAAAGUUUAAAAAGUGCCGCGAAUUACUGAUUUUAACGGUUCCGGUCAGAAAAAUGAGAAAAAGUUCAGGUUUUUUGAGUACUUUUUUUUUCAUAAUCGAGAAUAAUUUGAAUCUCAAAAACAAUGACGUCACUCUUUGAAGAGCUCACUCUCUGACUGGCUUAUCGCGAAAUUGUGGGCGGAGCUUGAGGGUUACUUAACAUAAAAAAUGGAACGCCCUAGUAGUCAUAUUAUGAGAACUUGAACUGUUUAAAAAUAGAUAUGAUUCUUUCAGAAAAACCUGUUUUUUGUCUAGCUCUCCUAUGUUGGAUUGAAUAAUCGAGAUUUUAAAGUCUUUAAGCUGUCAGGAUCCAGAAGGAAGUCUCAUUUUUGACUCCUUAAUAUAAUCAUCUUUCCCAAGAAAACCCUUCCAGGCUCACCACGGAAGCCAAGACGCUGGUGAUGAUCAACCUGGACGUCUCCUCGUUGCCGACCUUCGACGUGGCUCCAGAUGCGCCACCCGUUCCAGCUCCCGAGCUCUCCUUGUGGGAUGACGUCACCGUCUUCGCCAACAACGUUGUCGAAGCCUUGAACUCGAUUCGAUUCGUCCUGUCGCCUAUUUUGGUUCGUCGGACUGCAAGGACUGGGGCGGUUUUUCCAUUUUUUAAGAGUACGGUAUGUAAGAGUCCGCAAUCUAAGUUACGUGUGUUUGCAGAUUUUUUUCAUGCUCUGCAGUGCUUUUAUGUUACCUUAGAGGCUCUGGGAAAGUGACCACUUAAGAGGUUUCUCAAGGACCACUUGGAGAGGACACUGAAGUGGCCACUAAAACCAAUUCUAUCGUCCUAGUGGCCACUUUAGUAGUGUUUGAGAUCUCAUAGUUCCACUCAGACUUCCAAAGAGCGCACUAAAUUCUGGCCACUGAAAUGGUCAUUAAUUGGACUACUAUAGUGGCUACUCAAACGUCGGAACCCUAAAGUGACCACUAAUAACUUUCACCGUUUUUCAUUGGAAAGUGAUCAGUUAAAAAAGAAAAAAAGAGAUUGGGAAAUUACGAUCAACUCAGAGAGUGCAAACACACGAAAACACUUUGCAUACCGUACUCCUAGAAAUAAAAAAACAUCGCUCUUACCCUAGCAUCCACUCCAAAAAUCACUCAUUUCAGUGAUUUUUCAGCUCGAAACGAUCGUGGCGACGUUGAGAGACUCGCUUCGGACGAUUCUGAGUUGGCUCGCGACGUCGCAUCCGACAUCGCCCAACUUCCAAAGGGCCAUCCGGAUCGUCUGCAUCUGUCUGAUGCCGUUUUUGGAAAAAUGCAUCAUUUAUUUCUUCCCCCAGACUUGUAUUUCCAAAUAUUUUGGUUCCAGCAUCACUCCACAACAAUAUGUGAGAAUAAUUCGAAGAUGAUCCCAAGAAAAUUGGAUUUUUCAGAAUCAUUUCGUGGAGAUUGAUCCUAAAUCUAUCGCCGCUUCUAGUGAUUCCAGUGAGAAGAUUGAGGUAAACGAAAAAAUGAGGCAAAAAACUGAAUUUUUUCAGGAAGUCCUCUUGCCGAUGCUGCAGAAGAAAAAGCUGGCCGAUAUCGAUCUGGACGCGGUUUUGAGGAAGAAGGGGCCAGAAGCUGAGAAAAGUCGUCAGAAUGAACUUGGAGACGUGCAGGCUUCAGAAGCAGUUUUGGAGCAAGGAGGCCAGAAUCAUGAAGAGCAGAAGCUCGAAGAGAAGGACCCAGAAGACGUCAAGGCUUCAGAAGUAGCUUUGGAGGAAGAGAAGACGUCGGAACGCCAGAAGCAGGCUCAUAAAGAGAAGGAACCAGAAGACGUUCUGGAACAAGAGAAGACGUCAGAAAAAGCUCCAGAAGAGAUUCCGACUAAAAAGAAGACGUCAGAAGGCCAGAAACUCCCUGAGAUCCCUCUGGAACAGCUGGACCAAUUUCAAGGACACCCUGAAGUCCCGAAGAACCUGACGACGACUUCUCAGAAUCACCCUGGACCCUCUUCCCAAGCCGAACUCGUUGACAUCCCCCUCAACCAUUCCGAAGUCGAAGUUCAACGCCAACAAGAAGAACCCGAAGAUUCCGGCUGGGACGACGCCGCUCCAGAAGGCGAAUGGGGCUGGGAGGCGCCUUCGAAAAAGUCCGGAAAAGAUGAUUAG